UGAAUCUAUUCUAUUCAGCUUUCCUCGCAACAAGUCUUCGCUGUAAGGCGGGAAUAAGUGUAGAGAGUGAAACAAAGAAAAUGCCCGAAGAUACCGAAAUGGAGGACUUUACGGUGCUCGACGGCGAAAGCGCCGCCGCAGACGACGGCGCUGGUGGUGACGAAGGAGUGAUUGGAGAUGCGGAUUUGGCCGUGGUCGGAGACGGAAGCGAAAGCUGCACUCAAGAGAACAAGAAGUCAGGAGACCGAGUUAAGGGACCGUGGUCGCCCGAAGAAGAUGCGGUACUGGGUGGACUCGUGAGCAAGUUUGGGGCGAGGAAUUGGAGUCUGAUCGCCCGAGGAAUUGCCGGGAGAUCGGGGAAGUCAUGUCGCCUGAGAUGGUGUAAUCAGCUCGACCCAGCCGUCAAGCGCAAGCCUUUUACUGAUGAAGAGGAUCGUAUCAUAGUUGCAGCCCAUGCCAUCCAUGGAAACAAAUGGGCAUCAAUUGCAAGGCUUCUGCCUGGGAGAACAGAUAAUGCUAUUAAGAAUCACUGGAAUUCUACCUUGAGGCGUCGGUGCAUGGAACUUGGCAAGUUUAAGUCGGAGUCCAGCAAUAUGGCGGAAGAUGCUAGCCUGGAUAUAUCCAAAGCAUCAUCAGAAGAAACUCUUUCAUGUGGGGAUGUCAAUUCAUUCAAGUGCAUGGAAGGAAAAGAAGUCAGUUCUCAGGAAAACGUGGAUAAUCAGUACGAAGAUAUGGCUCAAGUAGAAGGUCAGUGUAGUGACAAAGCAAAGGAUCCGCCCACUCUUUUCCGUCCUGUGGCACGUGUCAGUGCAUUUAAUGUUUAUAGUACUUUGGAUGGCCCAGAAGCUGCUUUACCAUUUCCGAGGGUAGUUCCUAUGCAACAGUCUUCGACUCAAGCCUCAAAACCCGAUGAUGGGAUCAGCAAAUUGCUUGAAGGAGCUUACGGUGAGCGAUUGGUGCCUCACCAAUGUGGCUAUGGUUGUUGUGGGAAUCAAAGUAGUAAAAAUCCUCAAAGGUCUUUGUUAGGACCUGAAUUUGUGGACUAUGCGGAGCCUCCAUCCUUUCCAACGCACGAAUUGGCUGCAAUAGCUACAGAUAUAAGUAAUAUUGCUUGGCUUAAAAGUGGGUUGGAGAAUAGCAACGUCAAAGCCAUGGAUAAUGCACCUGGCAGGGUAGUGUAUAAAUGGUCUCACAGUCACGGGCAAAUGGGACGUUUUGAGAAGAUAAUAAAAGAUGACCAUUUACGUUCUGAAGAGGGAAAGAACAAGUUCAUGGGCAUGAAAACUUUUGUGCUGUCAACCCCAAUCAAUCGGCAACCUUUUCCAGUAUGAGCAAAAGUCGGGGGUCUAAGUUGAUUUGAGUGCUUGUAUAUGCACAAUUCACUGAAUGCAAAAAUGCAGGAGUGUGAUCUAAUGAGAAAAUAAGUCAGCACUCUUGCCUUGUCAAUAGGAGUUGCAUUACUUAGAGAGCUGUCAUUGCAAAUUGCAAAAUUGGUUAUUGGUAAAAGAAUCCUGCAGACGAGGUGAUGUAGCUUUUCAAUUGACUAGGGAGCUUAAAAUCAAAUUGAAGUACAGGGAUGGGAUGUUGGUUACUUCACAUGCGGAAAAUCUUUUUAGCUUCUUUGAUUGGUCCUGUGGUGCACAUUUGGAUUGUUGUAUUAGUGAAAAUGUAAGCUUUUAUAGUAGGAAAUUUUUUCUUCUUCUUGUUAUUUAUAGAACUUUCAUCUUUAUGUCAGAAACUUUCACCGGAAAGGUAUGGAGAAUCUUCUUUGCAACAAGUAAAUGAUUAAUUUGUUGAAGCCACCUUGAUUUGAUUACACUAUGAAGGCAUGGAAUAGUAGAGCCAUUAUUUUAAA